CUGCAAGGCAGCUUGGGAAAAUAGGUUGUUGCAAACAUGGCGGCUGCUAUGGGUAGAGUUCUGUCCUUCAGUAGAAAUGCUAAGGUGCUUGUUUCACCUUUGAGGCUUUCUGCUGUACCUGUUCACCGCUACAGCGUCGAGGUUUCUAGUACCGGCGAGGCCAUCACUCACACCGGCCAGGUGUUUGAUGAAAAUGAUCCCAGAAGAGCCAGAUUCGUUGGCAGACAGAAAGAGGUGAAUAAGAACUUUGCCAUCAAGUUGGUGGCAGAGGAGGCAGUGACUGACAUCGCGGCCCGAGUGGUGUCCUGUGAUGGAGGCGGAGGAGCCCUGGGCCACCCCAAAGUCUACAUCAACCUGGAUAAAGACACUAAAGUGGGCACAUGUGGCUACUGUGGAUUACAGUUCAAGCAGAAGCAUCAUCACUAAACAAUAAAUGUCCUCUAUCUGUGCUUCUCUGUAUAAAUAGCCAUAUUGGUUAAUAAAUGAUAUGGUGAAUCAAAUCAAA